AUGAUCCUCAUAGAAGACUUGGUCAGAGAAACAGAUCCCUGGUCAGACUGGAGACCUGAGAGACUGAGGGAGACCACAGCAGCAGACGAAGAUGAGGGUGAAGAACUCACUGCAACCCACCCUGAAGAGGGGAGGGAGGAAGAGGGGAGGAGCGAGGAAGGACUAACUCUAGAGACUGACUCUGAGAAGUGGAGAAUAGAGGAGGAGAAGGGGGCAGCAGAGCAGGAGGGCCAUGAGGAAGAGCGAGGGAUGGAGGAAGAGAGAAAGCUGGUUGGAGGGCUUGAUUACAGAGAGAAGAAGAUAUUUGAAAAUGGGGAGAUAGAAGCUGAUGAGGAACAUGAAGAGGAGGAGGAGAGAAGAGAUAAUGGAGAGGGGAGACAUGAAGAAGGGAUUAGAUUAGAUGAUGAGGAGAGAGGUGUUAAGGAACAGAGAGCAUAUGGAGGAGAGGAGAAACUAGAAGAAGACCGGAGACUAUGCCUGUUCUACUUUAUGAUGUCACUCCUCCACCUGCCACUCAACAUGACCCUCCCCCAGUUACACCCUCUACCCCCUCUCAAGUUCCAGAGUCUGCCACUCAUGCUCUCGCUCAACCUGCCAGUCAUAUCCAAGACCCGGCUCCAGAGGCAGAGGAGGCCAUCUCAUUGGUGGACAGUGAGCUCAUUGUGGUUCAGAGUAGUGGUCCAGUGUUCCGACAAGGGGCUGGAGAAGGUUCCGUACGGCAUCCCUUAUAACUCCCGCUACGUCCUCCUGAUGAACAACCGCAUCGACAGCAUUCAGCUGGACCUGCUCAAUGAGUACCUGUCCAUGGAGUUCCUGGUGCUCAGCAACAACCGGCUGACAGACGGCUCCAUCGAGGGGGCCUUCGAGGGCAUCCCGGCCCUGAGGCGGCUCUACCUGGACCGGAACCUACUGGAGAGCGUGCCCACAGACCUGCCCGCCUCCCUGGAAGAGCUGCGUCUGGAUAACAACCAGCUGAACGUGAUGUCGGAGGGAGCCUGGGCCCACUGCCCUGGCCUGCUGGUCCUCAGCCUCAACAACAACAGCCUGGGGAAUGGGAACGAUACUCUCCCCGCCAGUGUGCUCUCACCUCUGGGCAGCCUGCGCACCCUCAGCCUGGACCGCAACCGGCUGGCCUCGGUGCCUCUGGGCUUACCGCUAUCUAUCAGGGAGUUGUACCUCCGUGGCAACCUUAUCCAGAAGUUCCCAGGGGAGGCCUUCAUGGGCACCUCAGAGCUGGUGAUUCUGGAUUUGAGCGCUAACCGGCUAACCAACCAUGGCCUGCUCAGGGAGUCCCUCGUCAACGCCACCCACCUGGAGAGCCUCAACUUAGAGGGCAACCAGCUCAAGAAGGUACCCCGCCACCUCCCCUCUUCCCUCAAAACCCUCAACCUGGAGGGCAACCUCAUCUCCUCCGUGGGCAAAGCCUCCUUCCUCCACCUCCCCCACCUGGAGCACCUGGGCCUGGCCAGUAACAAGAUAGCCAGGGUGGCCUCAGGGGCUUUCAGGGCGCUGCCCGUUCUGCACCAACUGGACCUGUGUCACAACGCCCUGAGCCAGGUGCCCAGGCAGCUGCCCUGGGGGCUACACUCAGUGGCACUCACACACAACAAGAUCCACUCAGUGCCCCGCGACGCCUUCUGCUGGGGGGGUUCAGACCUCGGCCUCAGCAGCCUGGUGCUGGUGCAGCUGGAGCACAACCUCAUAGACCUGGGCCACCUGGACGCAAAAGCCUUCCACUGCCUCAGAGGCUUCCAGGUGGUACACUUCUACUGAGCUGCAGUCUAUAGAAUCCUGCAGGACAGUCAUACUGAAAGUAUAGAUUAUAGACAAUCCCACAACUGAAACCAAUUGCAGGGUUUUUUCUGUUCAACAUGAAAGUCCGUUGGGCUCCAACAUGGCGGUAAAAUGUUCUGCAAUACAAAUAGAGAAACAAACAUCAUGCCGGGAGCUGAUUUUGAUUCAACAUUACAAGGUAACAAUGCAAGAUGGCCAGUUGAGUGAACUUGGAUCUCCAUGUGGAUAGCUAUACUGUACUGUAUGUCGUUGCUUGGGUAAAGCUGUGAUUGAUGGAAGCCGUGGUGUUCAGAGAAAAUACUCCCAUGAAGUCUGUGUUGAAAGACUAUGGCCUACUUAAAGGUCAAUGAUGCCAUGUACAGUUGAAGUCAAAAGAAUGUGAAAUGUCAGAAUAA